GUCGGGUUCCCCGUGCUGGUGCGGCCUUCCUAUGUGUUGAGCGGUGCAGCGAUGCGCGUAGUAAUGAACGACCAGCAGCUGAAGGAGUUCUUGCAGGUUGCUGCGGUUGUAUCGGGAGACAGCCCUGUAGUCAUCUCCAAGUUCAUCAGCAAUGCCAAAGAGGUCGAGUUUGACAGUGUUGCCCAUAAUGGAGAAAUCCUAAACUACGCCAUCAGCGAGCACGUUGAAAAUGCAGGGACCCACUCAGGAGACGCUACCCUGAUUCUUCCAGCACAGAAGCUCUACGUGGAGACAAUCAGACGGGUCCAGAAGAUUGCACAGAGGCUUGCUAGGGCUCUUAAUGUUUCAGGUCCAUUUAACAUUCAGUUUAUUUGCAAGAACAACGAGGUGAAAAUCAUCGAAUGCAACUUGAGGGCUUCGCGGACAUUCCCAUUUAUCAGCAAAUGUUUCGGUGUCGACUUCAUAGAGCAAGCCACAAAGGUCAUGGUGGGUGCGCCGGUGUCUGCUGAGGCUAUCCACCUGACAGCGUUGGAGUUCGUUUGCGUUAAAGUUCCCGUCUUCUCCUUCAGCAGACUCCGCGGCUGCGACCCCUUGCUUGGCGUCGAAAUGAGAAGUACAGGAGAGGGCAACUUGCAGGGAGUAGCUUUCCCUGCUGAUUCUCCUGUCGCUGCUGAUGUUGCUGGUGCUCUUGCAUCUGGUGGCAGUGGUCUGGCUGCCGCUCAUGCGGGUUUGGGUGCUUCUUUUACUGGUGAUGGUACCUUUGCCUUCUUGAUAGGAGGAAUUAAAAGACUUUCCGAAGUCGGUUCUGAUGAAGUGGCUGAAGAAGAACUGGAGGGCGAGGGGCCCUGGGGGGGGCUAUUACCUUCUCGGGUGGAAAAGGGAGACAGCCAGCGGGGUCCACCCAACGGGGUCCCCUUGUUUGGUAGCCCCGCCGACGGGGCUCUGAGCGAAGAAGAUGACCUUCCACCGGGGACCCCAACAGAGGGGGCCCCUUUCAAGGCUUUCGAAACGCAAAUUAUCCCGGUCUGUAAACGGGAGACGCACAACAGCGGUCGCCUCACUGCAAAACAAGCUAUUGAGAAGGGCCUUGUGGAGAUGGUCAUAAACGUGCCUGGACAGACGAACCACCGCGCGAUAUCUUCGGGGUAUCUCAUUAGGCGGGCAGCGAUAGAUGCUGGAGUGCCGCUGUUGACCGACUUGAAGGUAGCUGCUCUCUUUGUUGAGAGUAUCGCCAAGAAAAUAUACCGUGAGCAAGAACGCCAGCGCUUCUGGGAGGUCCGGGCUUGGGAUGAAUACCAGUCCUGA